CCGGUUAUUAUUAGAUUCCUUUUUACAGCCAAUGAGUGCAGACAGGGGGCGUGGCCUCUCAGCAGGGAGAAGGCUGGCGACAGGCGCUGAUUGGUUCCUGUGCUUUCACUGGUCUGGUCUCGCGGAGGCAUAAAGCGGCGCGAGCUCGAGAUGUUCGAAAGGAAAGAAAAACUUCUUAGCACGCGCACUGCAAAUGGGAAGCGCACUACUGCAGCGGCAACAACUUGCAGCUUGGUUAUGCAGAAAGAGCUAAACACACGCACACUCUCUCACACACACACACACUUUAACUGAUGCUUAACGCGAACAUGAACGGAGAACGGACACGGCGCGAGCCGGAGUGUUUGUCCGCGCACUGAGAUUAUAUCCUACAGGUUCCCGCGUACGCACUUUUAAUAAUAUUAAUAAUAAUCAUAAUAAUAACACGGAUAAAAAAACUUCUCAGGACUACCACCGUGCAAGAAAGUGGACUUCUCUCUCUUUUUCUUUUAACGUCAGACAGUUUUAUUCAAGUUAAAGUCUGACGGGUGGAAUUUUGGAGACGCGAGCGCCGAGAUGGUGCAGAAAACGAGCCUUACAGAGAGCUGUGAUUCCGGAGCGAUGGACAUCGCAAGCCCCGGAGCCGAUAAGCUCGUGGACCCGGGCUGGUGCAAGACCCCCAGCGGACACAUCAAGCGUCCAAUGAACGCGUUUAUGGUGUGGUCACAGAUCGAGCGGCGGAAGAUCAUGGAGCAGUCUCCCGACAUGCACAACGCGGAGAUCUCCAAGCGCCUCGGGAAGCGCUGGAAACUGCUCAAGGACACCGACAAGAUCCCGUUCAUCCGCGAGGCAGAGCGCCUGCGCCUCAAACACAUGGCCGACUACCCGGACUACAAAUACCGACCGCGGAAAAAGCCCAAGUCAAACGGAGGAUCCAAGAACGGCGACAAGGCAAGUGGAGGUACCGGUGCUCACGGCGCCAUCUUGAAGGCUCCUUCCAAAAAGAGCGGAAGUUCCCGACCGGGCAGCGGCAGCGGAGGACACGGCAAGGCGCAUAAGACGGCUCACAAAGCUGCGCCACUUGAACCGGCUGCCGUGGCGGACCACCACGCGCUCUACAAGUCCAACAAGUCGGACAAGAAACCGAAAAGAGUUUACGUCUUCGGGAGCGGAGGAGGAGGAAGUGUCCCUGCGAGUCCGACUCUGAGCAGUUCAACCGAGUUCAGCGACGCACAGAGUCUCUACGAGGACUCCCACCGCGCCUUCCGCGCGCCCUCGCCUGCUCCGUCCGCCUCGCGCUUAUCCCAAUCUCCAUCAUCUUCAUCAUCACCAUCUUCUUCUUCGUCCUCGUCAUCCGACGAGGAGUUUGAGGACGACAUGGCGGAGGUGAGGCCCCGUGCGAGCCCCGGAUUCGACAGCACGUCUCUGGGAAGCUUCGGCUCUAACUCAUCCUCCUCUUCCGCGUCCUCGUGCUCGCCGGCGCUCGACCGCGACUGGGACUCGAGCUUCGAAUCGUGUGCGGGCUCUCACUUCGACUUCCCCGAUUACUGCACACCCGAGGUGACCGAGAUGAUCUCCCGGGACUGGCUCGAGUCUACUAUUUCCAACCUCGUGUUCACUUACUGAGCGCACUCGCGAAACGAAACAAAAAUGACGGAGAACUGUUUUACACGAAGUUGCAUUGAAAAGUGUUUGCAACCGAACAAAAAAAGGAGAGUCGGAAAAGAAGCACGCAAAACGUGCGUUUAAUAUAUAAAGAGAGAUUUCAAGAAGGGACUGGAGGCACGUGCGCGGAUGCGUUGAGCUGCAUCGUGUUGCUUUUUUUGCAGAGAUGCGUCGCAAUCGGGCUACACUGCAAACAUCAGCAAGUUCUGCGUGUUGAUACCGAAACACACACAACACACAAAAGAGUGAGAAAAGAUUUGAGUGGCUGGAGAGGCGCGUGAUGGGUCCAAAAACAAGAAGGAUUUUUUUUAUAUCGAGUUGCAAGAGGACUGAUAAAAGGGGACCUUAAAGUGUCUGCAUGGAGAAAAAGGAGAUAAAAAAGAUCAUAUUGCAAUUAAAAUAAAAUUAAGACGGAACUGGAAAACUGUGAUUUGAUUUGCACGGCAAGUUUUCUUUAAAAAGAAAAAAAAAGAAAGAAAAAGACAACAUUGCGACAACCAUGUGACUUUGUAACGCCUAAAAGGUACAGAAAUAGGCUGUUGGAAAUGUUUUGGGUUUUGUUUUCGGUGAGAGGGAGGGUGGAUUGAUAAACGAGGUGGGAAGACUUUAAGACAACCCUUUAUUUAAAAGAAAGAAAGAGAGAAGCAUGCUGGUGUAUCACGGUUUGCUUGUGUGCGACUGUGGAACAGUUCACUAGCAGUAGGUUUAUUUCAAAUGGCUAGAUGGCGCCAUGUUGGACUUUUAAAAACAUCACAAAAUCACCAGCUGUUCUUCAUCCUAAACUUCAGGAUUCAAACUCAGAUCUGUGCUGAACUAAUUUUUUUUUAUUUUAAGAAUCAGGACCAAAUCUCUCCUGUUGUGUUUUUUUUUAUAUACUCUUGUCCCAUCAUUGUGUGUUUGCUUGUUUUCCAGAUGUCAUUUUUUAUAUAUUAUAUAUCUAUCUAUAUAUAAGGAUGUAUUUAUAUACCGGCCAAGCAUUGCAUUUUUUAAAUCAAGUUUUUUCAUUUGUUUAUGUUUUUUGGUUCACACUCCUUCUCCCAAACAAGAAGGGCUAUUUUUUUGUUUUGUUUGUUUGAUAUUUGUUUUUUUUAUAUAUUUAAAUGUAGACUUUUUGGAGAAAAAGAGAGUGUUUGAUUAUUUUCUCAGUGUAUUUUUUUACAAAUCUAUAUUUAAAAAAAAAAUUACAAAACAAAACAAAAAAGAAUGAAAGAAAGAAAAAAGGGGGGUGUGGUGAUGAUUCAGUGAUGAUUUCUCUACCAGCUUUUUUCUCUCCUAAUUGUUACUUUUUAAUUCUAGGUAGGUUGUUUAAAAGCAAAAUCAACCUCCUGUCUGUGUUUACAGCUCAAAAUCUCUCUUUAACACACACAAACAUUUUUACACAAACCCUGCUGUAAAGGGACAUCACACAUCAGAAAUCGUAGCUUUAAUUGAUCAUUUUUUAAGACAUUUUGCAAAAAAAGGGAAAAAUCUUUUUUUUAAAAUAAAAAACAAUGGAAAAUGAAACGUGUUUGGAUAUUUAAUCUCUCUUUUUCUAAUCGUAUAGCUGAUCGUUUUCGUAUUUUAAGGCAUGGUGGAUAGACAUUUGUAUCACAGAUUCAGGUUUCGAUAAUAGCUGUUGUGUUCUGAAAAAAAAAAAGAAAUUGUGAAUUUGUACAGUCGACUGUAUUAUUAUUAUUGUUAUUAUAAGCAAAAAAGAUUGUGUGUUUUUAUGUACGUUGUUGCGAUAUAAACAUGUCAUGGCACUAGAACAGCUAUCGUUUUGCUUAGCCUACUUUCUUUAACGAUUGUUGUUGAGGAGUUUAUGUAUAAAUAUAGUAUAUACACAGUUGGAUUAUAUUAACUUUAUGUUCUGUGCAAUAUGCUGUGUAGACAAAAAAAAAAUCUUUGUUUUGCAUCCUAAUCAUGCCAUAAAGCAUUUUGUGUUGGGGUGGGGCUGAGGGUGGGAUCAAGGGGGCGGGGCUUCAUGCCAACUCUGUGUCAGUCACUGCUUGUCAAAUUGUUAAUAUACACAUGUACAGAUUUUUUGUAUUGUUUUGUUUUUUUCAGGAAGGAAAUAAAGUCAGCUGGAACUGAACCUUAA